UUACGGAAGAGGGCGGAGACUGUAUCCACAUACUUUCUUUAGCAUCAACUUGUACGGGUUUUUGACCAGUACCUUCUGAAGAAUUCGCGUAUCGUAGUAAUUUUUCCGGGUUUUUCACAAUCUCCUGAAGACCUCGCGUAUCAACUUCUUCGGUUUUUGACUAUCUGCUGAAGAAAGCGAGCUUAUAAAAUGAAUUACCAAGGAUAUGGCGCACCUCCUGCAGCGGGCGGGUAUCCCGGUGGAUUCCCUGGACAGCAGCAGGACCCUCUGUAUGGAUACUUUACUGCUAUUGCUGGUCAAGAUGGCCAGAUAUCUGCAGAAGAACUUCAGGCUUGUUUGACUCAAGCCAAUUUCUCUGGCGGCUAUAGACCUUUCAACCUUGAGACAUGUAGACUGAUGAUCAGCAUGCUUGACAGAGACAUGUCUUGCUCGAUGGGCUUCAAUGAGUUCAAGGAAUUGUGGGCAGUGCUCAAUGGCUGGAAGCAGCACUUCAUGAGCAUUGACAGGGACAUGAGUGGCACAGUCGACCCACAGGAAAUGAAUCAGGCCAUUUCCUCUAUGGGGUACAGACUGAGUCCUCAGGCCAUGAACAGCAUAAUUAAGCGUUACAGCUCUCAAGGAAAGAUCACAUUUGAUGAUUAUGUGGCUUGCUGUGUCAAACUAAGGAGCUUGACUGAUGUGUUCAGAAAGCGGGACCAAGCACAACAGGGAAUGGCGACAUUUCAAUAUGAUGAUUUCAUCCACUCCACCAUGAGCAUCUGAAAGAAGCCUCUGGAUUCACUGCACCAUGAGCAUCUGAGAGAAGCCUCUGGAUUCAUGCUAAGAUCUAAAAUAAAAAAGCAAACAAACAUGUGCUUUAGUUUUCACUGUAAACUAUACAUUUUUUUCAACAACCACUUGUCAUGUCUGUUACAAUAUUGUAGUAAUUAUGCAACAUAUUACCUAGAUUUAAAACAAUAUUGUUAUCAUGAAGUUAGCUAUGCUAAUAAAUCACUCAAAUGUACAGGAUCUUAUAUAAAAAUGUAAUCGUAUAACCUAUAUAAAUGAUAGUUUAACACCAUUAGUUGCACUAUAGCAUUCAACCUGUGGAACUUUAUCAGGGCAUUUAUAUAUUUCCAUUACUUGUUUGAGUGUCUUAAUCUGAUGUGGGUUGUUAUGAGCAGCUUGUAAUUGUGGCAAGUGCUAAACCUCUAAUCAACAUACAAGUGCUUUUAAAUGGAGUUAAAAUGUAUGUAACGCCAAAUAAUUAACGAUUCCGCUCUAUUUUUGUGAUCUGUUUGUAUACAUUUUUCAUUUAUAUCGAAAUAAUUACUUUGAAAUAACACAUCAGCUAUGAAAUCUGUUUGACCUCAUGAAUUACAGCAUAACACCAUCAUUGUGCUUUGUAACAUCUUUGUUUCACGAUCUUUAAACAGACCAUGAUAUGAAUGUUGAA